UCCCACCGGGAUUCGGGAUCCGAUCCUACUGGGAUCCAGGAGCCAGGAGCCAGGAUCCGAUCCCACUGGGAUCCAGGAGCCAGGAUCCGAUCCCACCGGGAUUCGGGAUCUGAUCCCACCGGGAUCCAGGAGCCAGGAGCCAGGAUCCGAUCCCACCGGGAUUCGGGAUCCGAUCCCACCGGAGCAGGACACGGGGAUCCUGCGGGAAGGGAAGGGAUGCUCCGCUCCUAACGCCCCGGCUCUCCUGAGGAUGACCGCCAUUCCCGAGCCCCUCGGACGCCCCCGGAGCAGCUCCUCCCGCAGCCUUUCCGGGACCCUGGAGGCCAUGGGGACGCCGGACACGGAUCGGGAUCGGGAUCGGGAUCGGGAUUGGGAUCGGGAUCGGGACUGGGAUAAGGAGGAGACGCGGAUCCUCAAGGUUUGCUUCUACAGCAACAGCUUCAACCUGGGCAAGAACUUCAAGCUGGUCAAGUGCUCCGUGGCCACGGAGAUCCGGGAGGUGAUCCGGUCCAUCCUGCUGAGCGGGCGGAUCGGGCCGGACGUCCGUCUGUCCGAGUGCUACGGCCUGCGGCUCAAGCACGUCAAGUCGGACGAGGUCCACUGGCUGCACCCCGGCCUGACGGUGGGAGAGGUCCAGGAGAAAUACGAGUGCCUCCACCUGGAAGCCGAGUGGAGGUACGACCUCCAGAUCCGGUACCUGCCGGAGGAUUUCAUGGAGCGCUUCAAGGAGGACCGGACCACGCUGCUCUACUUCUACCAGCAGCUCCGCAGUGAGUACAUGCAGAGCUACGCCAGCAAGGUCAGCGAGGGCAUGGCGCUGCAGCUGGGCUGCCUCGAGCUCAGGAGGUUCUACAAGGACAUGCCCCAGAACGCGCUGGACAAGAAAUCCAACUUCGAGUUCCUGGAGAAGGAGGUGGGGCUGGACCUGUUCUUCCCCAGCCAGAUGCUGGAGAACCUGAAGCCGCGGCAGCUGCGGAAGAUGAUCCAGCAGACGUUCCAGCAGUACGCGCUCCUGCGGGAGGAGGAGUGCAUCCUGAAAUUCCUGCACACCCUGGCCGCCUUCGCCCCCAUCGACCAGGAGAACUUCCGCUGCCAGCUCGUCCAAGGAUGGAACAUCACCGUGGAUCUGGUCAUCGGCCCCAGGGGCAUCCGCCAGGUGACCACCAAGGACGCCAAGCCCACCUGCCUGGCGGAAUUCCGGGAUGUCAAAUCCAUCCGGUGCUCCGGAGCGGAGGACGGCCAGGCUCUGCUGCAGCUGGGGCUCGGCGGGACCCCCCAGUCUCUGGCGAUCAAGACGUCGUCGCUGGCCGAGGCGGAAAACAUGGCCGACCUCAUCGAUGGCUACUGCCGGCUCCAGGGGGGCUCGGAGACGUCGCUCAUCGCGUUCCCGAGGAAAGAUCGCGAGAAGAGGAUCAGCCUCCCGCAGAUCCCGGCCCCGAAUCUCGGGGAGAGGCAGUCCACGCUUUCCCACAGCAUCAGCGGGGAUUCCGAAAUUUACGCGGAAAUCCUGGACGAGUCCUCAAGGCCGAGAUCCGGAAUCCAGCCCUUCGGAAUCUCCCGGGACGACGUCGCGCUGGGCCGGAUCCUGGGGGAAGGAUUCUUCGGAGAGGUCUACGAGGGGAUCUACGCCACGCCCAAAGGCGAGCGGAUCAACGUGGCCGUGAAGACCUGCAAGGAGGAUUGCAGCCCGGAAAACCGGGAGAAGUUCCUGAGCGAAGCCGUGCUGAUGAAGAAGCUGGACCACCCCCACAUCGUGAAGCUCAUCGGCAUCGCCGAGGAGGAGCCCACCUGGAUCAUCAUGGAGCUCUGUCCCUACGGAGAGCUGGGCCAGUACCUGGAGCAGAAGCGGCCGGGCCUGGCCGUGCCCACGCUGGUGCUCUACGCGCUGCAGGUCAGCAAGGCCCUGGCCUACCUGGAGGCCCUCAGCUGCGUCCACAGGGACAUCGCCGUCCGGAACGUCCUGGUGGCCUCUCCGGAAUGCGUCAAGCUCGGAGACUUCGGCCUCUCCCGCUACAUCGAGGACGAGGAAUACUACAAAGCUUCCGUCACCCGCCUUCCCAUCAAGUGGAUGUCGCCGGAAUCCAUCAACUUCCGGCGCUUCACCACGGCCAGCGACGUCUGGAUGUUCGCCGUGUGCAUGUGGGAGAUCCUGAGCUACGGGAAGCAGCCGUUCUUCUGGCUGGAAAACAAGGAUGUGAUCGGAGUCCUGGAAAAGGGGGAUCGGCUCCCCAAACCCGACCUGUGCCCGCCCGUCCUCUACACCCUCAUGACGCGCUGCUGGGACUACGAUCCCGGCGAGAGGCCCAAAUUCCAGGAGCUGGUCUGCAGCCUCAGCGACAUUUACCUGAUGGAGAAGGAGCUGGCCAAGGAGCAGGAGAGGAACAACCAGCACCGCCCUCCCAAAAUCCUGGAGCCGCCGGCGUUCCAGGAGCCGCCUCCCAAGCCCAGCAGGCCCAUGUACAAGCCGCCAUCCCAGAAUAACCUCCUGGCUCCCAAGCUGCAAUUCCAGGUUCCGGAGGGGCUCUGUGCCAGCUCUCCCACCCUCGCCAGUCCCGCCGAGUACCAGAGCCCGGCAAAUUCCCGGCGCACUCCGCCUCCCAGCCGGCACAACGUCUUCAAGCGCCACAGCAUGAGGGAGGAGGAUUUCCAGCGGCCGGGCAGCCGGGAGGAGGCGCAGCAGCUGCUGGAGCGGGAGCGGCUCCGCGUGGAGCAGGCCAUGGAGCGCCAGCAGAAGGAGAUGCUGGAGGAUCACCGCUGGCUCCGCCAGGAGGUCCAGAGCCUGGAUCCCAAGGUCUUCCUGAACAACAACAUUCCUCCGCUCCUCCCGGAGAAGGAGACGGAUUACACGCAAUUCACGGGGCCCCCCCAGAAGCCUCCGAGAUUUGGGGCUCAGCCCAUCCAGCCGGCGCCCACGGCCAACCUGGACCGCACGGAUGAUCCGGUCUACGGGAACGUCACGGAUCUGGUCCGCGCCGUGCUGCAGCUGAAGAACGAGAUCAGCCUGGUGCCUCCCGAGGGAUACAUCCUGGUGGUCAAGAACAUCGGCCUUUCCCUACGGAAGCUGAUCGGGAGCGUCGACGAGAUCCUUCCCGACCUCCCCUCCUCUUCCCGCACCGAGAUCGAGGGCACCCAGAAGCUCCUCAACAAGGACUUGGCCAACCUCAUCAGCAAGAUGCGCCUGGCGCAGCAGAAUUCCGGCACUUCCCUCAGCGCGGAAUUCCAGCGGCAGAUGCUGACGGCUUCCCACGCCCUGGCCGUGGACGCCAAGAACCUUCUGGACGCCGUGGACCAGGCCAAGCUCCAGGCCAAGCUGGUGAAGCCGUGCUCGGAAUGAUGGAGCCGAGGGAAAAAAAAAAAAAAAAAAAAGAAAAAAAGUCCGGAGCGACGCCGACGGAUCCGGGAGGACUCCGGCUUUUCGGGUUUUUUUUUUUGUGCGUCUCUCCCGCGGUUUUCCCGCUCUCCCCCGCUUCCCGCUCUUCCUGCAGCCGCCUCGUGUCUGUCAGUGUCGCGUUGCUCUUCGGAAGGCGGGAGGCACCCGGUGGGGUUUUCCUUGGAAAAAAGGGGUUUGGAAGGGGUUUGAGUGGGGGGGAUGAUCCGGCGGGAUCCAUCCUCUGAGCCGCGGGCGGCCGCGGGCGGCACGGGAGCGUGCCGGGAGCCGAGGGCACGGAUUUUUGGGAGGUGGGAAGCUGGAAUUCCCGCGUCCGCGGGGACCGCCGGCGUUUCCCUCGGACGUCGCACGCAAGAGUUUAUUUAACGACGGCUUCGGAGUUUUCCCUGCAACGCUUCCGACGUUGGGCGGGACAGUUUGUUCAACGACGGAGACGCUUCCGGAGCCUGCGGAAUUCCGGGAGGGAUGGGAAUCCCCCCCCUGCCCGCCACGGAUGGCGGCCUUGACGGGGGCGACACAAACCUGGAGAACGGUGCCUCUUCCAGCUGCGUUAUUCCCGAGUUUUGUGUCAGCGCCGCCGGCAAAACCGCGGCUCCGGCGGGGUUUGUGCUUCCGGUUGGGAACCGGGCGGUUCGGGCUUUUCCCCCAGCGUUUUUCCCGCACUUUUCCCAGUUUUUUUUUUUUUUUUUCCUUUUUUUUCCCCCCCCCUCCGGCUGAGAUAAACCGUGCGCCAAAUCCU